AUGACAAAUAUUGAUCCUGAGUUCUAUUAUAAUUCUGGGACACUUCUCAAAGGUGUCAAUAUGCCAGAUCCAGACCUUAUUAUUUCGAGUAAUUGUCUCGAGAUUUAUGGAAAUAACGUAAACGAUUAUUGUUUCCUAUAUUCAAAAGAAACAUUAAGAUCGUUCAGGUUCGAUCCAAAUCCUCAACUUACAACAAUUGGUAAGUAUGCUUUUUACAAUUGUGCAAAAUUACAACAAAUUGAUCUUUCAAUGUGCACUAAACUUACAAUUAUUGGCGAAAGUGCAUUUUCUUACUGCACAUCAGUUACAGAACUUUUCCUUCCCGAAGGACUCCGAUACAUUGAAAAAAAUGGGUUUUCAUAUAUAAAAAUCCAAUCCAUUGAAAUUCCAUCAACUGUUAUUUAUAUUAAGGAUUAUGGACUUGGAAAUAUUAAUACUUUAACAUCAAUUACUUUCAAAGAAGGAUCCGAGCUUCGAUCACUUACGAAUAAUGUAUUUCUAAAUGAUAAUUUUGUUGAAUUUAAAGUUCCAGAAUCAGUUCAAGAAAUUACUGGAACAUUUGCAAACUCUGUAUUAACUUUAACAAUAAUAAGAGUUCAUCAAAAUAAUAAAUAUUUUGUCAGCGAUAAUUUUGCUAUAUAUUCUAAAGAUUAUCAGACAAUAUAUGCUUUUGCACCAAAUUCUACGUUCACAUAUGAAAUCAAUCCGAAAGUAAAAUACAUAGGAUAUGGUGCAUUUAAGAAUGCAAAAUGCACAUCAAUAACAAUUCCUCCUGGAGUUACAAGUAUCGAAGGAUGGGCAUUUGCAACUGCAAAAAAUCUUAAACAGAUUAAGUUGCCUCCAAAUAUAACAAUAAUUAAUGAUUAUUGCUUUUAUAAUUCAGGUUUAACAUCAAUUGAUAUACCUGAAAAAGUAACUAAGAUUGGUGUUGGCGCGUUCACAGGUUGUAACUUCUUGAAAACAAUCCUUCUUCCAGGAAAUCUUACUGAUGUUGGUGGAGGUGCAUUUCCUCCAAAUCCAAAUAUUAAUUUUACUUUCAAAGGUGAUUCUCAAAUUAUGAUUGACAGCCAAAUGUUGAUAAUGGCUAAAGAUAAUUCGUCAAUAUCGUUAUUACUUGAUUCUUCAGCGACAUCAAUUAAAAUUUCAAGUCAAGUUAAAAGAAUUAAAUUAUCAUCAUUUUUGAAUAAACAGAGUCUAAGUUCUAUUACUUGUGAUGGAACAUCUGAACUAGAAUAUAUUGAAGACAAUGCAUUUUCAUAUUGUACUAGUUUGACAUCAAUUCCUUAUUUCCCAAAGCUCAAAGAAAUCGGAAUCUUAGCAUUUUAUCAAACAAAGCUUUCAUCACAAUUUAUAUUUCCAGCAAGCUUUACAUAUCUUGCUAAUAAUGCUUUUUCCGAAGUAACAACAUUACCAAGUGUUUCAUUUUCAUCAACUGUAAGUAAAUUAACAAUUCAAGAUUCUGCAUUCGAAGGAUGUACAUCUUUGAGAACUGUAUCAUUCGAUGAGUGUACAUGUGAUAUUUUCAUCGGACAAAAUGUUUUCUCGGGAUGUACAUCUCUCGCGACAUUCAAUGUCAUCAAUCGUAUCAAAUCGAUUGACUCCGGAAGUUUCAUGAACAGCGGACUUAUCACUAUCACAUUCGAAGGGAGCAAAACAUCGUUCGACACACUUCCAUCCAUGCUUUUUAAGGGAUGUUCAAAUCUUAACGAAGUCAGCAUCCCGAACAACAUCAUCUCUAUCGGUAGCGAGUGCUUCAGUGGAACAUCUAUCACACGUGCCAGUCUUCCAGACAGCGUCGAAUCUCUUUAUUCAGAGUGCUUCAAGGGCUGCACUAAUCUUGAGCGUGUCGACAUCUUUUCUAGUUGCAAUCUUUCAAAGGUAUUCCCAGGAAUCUUCGAAGGCUGCACAUCUCUGUCAUACAUCAGCGACUUCACCAGCGAAAACCUUGUUUGUCACAACAGCACUAUCUACAGCAAAGACUUCGGCCGCGUUUACCUGCACGCUCCUGCGUGCCGAGACAACUACAUCAGCUUCGACCGUCGUCUGAACAGUGUUGCAGACAGCGCAUUCAUCAACAGUGCAUACAUCGAGAUUGUUGUCUUUGUCGACAACAGUGUUAGCAGCAUCGGCCGUCGUGCACUUGAAUCAUGUAUUCGUCUUAAGCAGAUCAGCAUUCCAUCCAGUGUCUCAUCGAUUGGUGACAAUGCAUUCAUUAACUGCAUCAGUCUUAAAUGUGGUGUUCUUUUCCAGAACAAGACACAAAGAUUCGUCGAUAUUCUCACAUCAAGUGGUCUUCCCAAGACAUCUCUUGUCGCAUGUCAAGCAUUCAGCUGCAGACCACAACAGAUACUGAAUGUUCCUAUUCCAACUAUUCUAUUUACUGUUUUUAUUCUCAUGUAA